AUGCGGCCACCCCGAAGCCUUCAGCCAGUGCAAAAAGCUCUAGGCAACACUAGUGCAGAGACUUGGGCGAAAUACAUGACGGGCAGAGCGCAGAGGAGGGAAGGAGAGCAAGGUUGCAAAAUAAAAGCACUAAGGGCCAAGACAAAUACUUACAUUAAGACCCCCGUUCGUGGAGAAGAACCCAUCUUUGUUGUCACUGGACGAAAAGAAGACGUAGCCAUGGCCAAAAGGGAAAUUCUCUCAGCUGCUGAACACUUCUCCAUGAUCAGAGCGUCACGCAACAAGAACGGUCCUGCCCUGGGAGGCUUGCCAUGUACCCCCAACCUGCCGGGUCAGACGACGGUCCAAGUCAGGGUGCCUUACCGUGUAGUUGGGCUGGUGGUUGGACCGAAAGGAGCUACAAUCAAAAGAAUUCAGCAGCAGACCCAUACCUACAUAGUCACUCCCAGCAGAGACAAGGAGCCUGUCUUCGAAGUUACGGGAAUGCCUGAAAACGUCGACCGUGCGCGCGAGGAGAUCGAGAUGCAUAUAGCCAUGCGUACCGGGAACUACAUUGAGCUGAACGAAGAGAACGACUUCCAUUACAACGGUACGGAUGUGAGCUUUGAAGGAGGCACUCUCGGAUCUGCAUGGCUUGCUUCUAAUCCUGUCCCUCCUAGCCGCACCAGAAUGAUUUCUAAUUAUAGAAAUGACAGCUCCAGCUCCUUGGGAAGUGGCUCCACAGAUUCCUAUUUUGGAAGCAAUAGAUUGGCUGACUUCAGCCCAACGAGUCCGUUCAGCACAGGCAACUUCUGGUUUGGAGAAACGCUGCCUUCGGUGGGCACGGAAGACCUUGCGGUCGACUCUCCCGCGUAUGACUCCUUACCGACGCCUUCCCAAACCAUUUGGACCCCUUUUGAACCUGUAAACCCGCUCUCUGGCUUCGGUAGCGACCCUGCUAGUAACGCCAAGCCUCAGCGCCGAGGGAGCCAGCCAUCUACCCCUCGCCUGUCGCCCACAUUUCCGGAAGGUCUGGAUCACCCGCUGGCUAGGAGAGUGCGGAGUGACCCACCUAGCACCGGCCACCAAGCCGGCCUUCCCAUAUACAUCCCCGCUUUCUCCAACGGUACCAACAGCUAUUCCUCUUCCAACGGCGGCUCCACGUCCAGCUCACCCCCCGAGUCGAGACGGAAGCACGACUGCGUGAUCUGCUUCGAGAGCGAAGUCAUUGCGGCCCUGGUCCCCUGCGGCCACAAUCUCUUCUGCAUGGAGUGUGCCAACAAAAUCUGUGAAAAGGAAACGCCAUCGUGUCCCGUUUGCCAGACAGCUGUUACUCAGGCAAUCCAAAUUCACUCUUAAAUAUAUAUAGAUGAUAUUAUAUACGGACUUUUUAAAACUCUUACAGGCAUGGGUGUAAUGGUACCCUCUAGUAAACUUCCUAAUGAAUUCUGACUGUUGGGCUUUCUUGGGAUUAGGCUGAAGUUGUUAAUAAAUUUCUACUCUCUCAAAAGGCUGCUACGGUAACACUAAACCUAGGUGGUCUCUGUCAGGUUCAGUGUAAGCGGAUGGCACGUUUAGCAGAGACACAUCUGGUGUGAUGUUAUGGCACAGUGAGGGGAAGUUUUCAUCGAUUACACAACCGAAAAAAAACAAACUUUGCAGGCUUUCUAAAGGAUCUCUGUUAAGCGUUUGACUCCUGUGUGCUGGCAGCAAUGCACCUCACUGCCUAAACGCAGAAGUACUCGUCUGCCGUGGAGGGUUUGUGGCAUUAUCAAUAUAUCAAACAACACUUCCAAUGCUGCCUUCUUUACACUGCCAGUUCUGAAAAACAGGUUUGGGGAAAUCAUGUUUGCUUCGUGCGACAACUUACGCCUAAUUCUUCAGCAUUGCAAAUACCUUUUUUUAAAGCAUAGUUUGAUUUA